GUGUCCUUUUUCUCUCGCAAACCGCCCCCCCUCCCGACCGCCUGUCGUACGCCCUCGCUCGAUUGCUGUCAUUCCAGGGGCUCACUUCUUGUGCCUCAAAUCGCAAACUCUCUAUCUUCGGCGGAUGUGUGGCUGGACCCCGACCCCCUCGCUUUAAACCAUCGAUGAAUAAUAGUCUUGGUUCGACCGAUCACUUGUGCGCCCUGUACUCCGUCAUCUGUCGCUACCGUUUCCGUCUUGCAGCAUUGCGGUGAUCUCGUCGCCGUUGUCUUUGCAUACUUCUUGUUGAGCGCCGCUUGGAAGUGGAACUCAUCAUGGAGUCCCCCACUUCAUACCCUCCAGAGUCUCCCAUGGAGCAGGAGGAUAUCCCGUUCCCUUGCAAGGGUUGUGGAGAGAUUUUGGAAGAGGGCAAGGCCUUUGAACUAGCCGGAAACCGAUGGCAUAUAGACUGUUUUCGCUGCAGCUCGUGCAGUACGCUACUAGACUCGGACGCGCAUCUCCUCCUUCUCGGUGACGGGUCGUUGAUCUGCAGUAACUGUACAUACAGCUGCAGUUCAUGUGGAAAUAAGAUCGAGGACUUGGCUAUCUUGACCGGCGAGCAAGCGUUCUGUGCCCAAUGCUUUCGAUGCCGGAACUGCAAAAGAAAAAUUGAGAACCUACGCUAUGCCCGAACGUCGCAGGGAAUAUUUUGUAUGGAUUGUCACGAGUCCUUGAUGCAACGACGCAGGAAAAAAAAUCGUACAAUAGCUGCAAAGAAGCACGCCAGUCCCAACGUGAAGCUAGACAAAUCGCUCCCCUCGCUGCCCCCUGAGGAAGCUGAUUCUAUGCUACAAGCCGCCGAUGACGUCGACAUUGAUGGAUUUGGUGAUACCACCAUAGAGAUUGGCUCUCGGAAGGCAGUGCCUGCGCUGGACGCAGGGAAAUCCUCGACUACUACUGAGAAUCAGGAUAAUUUGAUCCUACCGUCAAGCACAUACCGCAGCAACCGACACUCUGUUGUGCCUACCGAGUCCGAUGCAGACGGGGGAGAGUUCCUAAUUCCUCUUGCAUUUGAUCCUUCGGAAGAACAGCGACCGCCUCGUGACACUUCUAGUAGCCGCACUAGGUCCCCAGAGCGCCUACCGACGGAGAGCUCCUCUCCCCACAUUGCCUACCAGGAGAAAGGUCGUGAUCGCCCAGAGUCCGAAUCCCACCGCUGGCGCCAAGAGGAGUCUUUGAAUAGAGCGGCAAGGUCAAGCUCUGCCCGGAGUUCUAGAUCGGACAUCCCACUGGGGCAUAAGGGGGCUGGAUCUUAUUCAUCCGCGCUGGAGAGUGGCAAGUCGUCAACAACCAUUGGAAGAGACGGUUCGACUCUUGAUUCUCAAAGAUCUACAGCAGUAGAGAGUUCGACUACAUUACCUACUCGCCCAUCUUACGAGCUUCGCCGUCUACAUGACCAUGGAGGGUCUUCGGACUCGGCUGGAGUUGCUCACCCUAAACGAGGCGAUUCGCUGGAGACCAGACAUAAUAAGGUCCCUCGGAAAGAGCUCACACGGUCUCCCGGUGCAAGCUCAGUCAGUCCAACUGACCGGUGGAGUGAAAGGUCUGGGGAUGCCCUCAACAAAGGCACCCCUCAAGUUGGCGGGUCGCCCCGUAUCCAGCGUAACGAUUCGUAUGAUCAAACAAAAGCUCGCGCGCGUCCGAAUUCAAUUAGCACGCCGCAGCCGCCAGGGGGAUUCCGCUCUGCCGACCAGGGUACCCCGACCUCUCCUCUGCGUUAUAGCGGUGGGGGCGACUUCUCUAUGGACGAAGAUAUGGCGCGGAUUAUGGGCUCAGAUGAACAUCCCUCCCAAUCGAGUGAGUCUUUCCUCCGCCGCGUGUCCAACUCCGUGCGACAUGGCCGAAGCUAUAGCGAUAAAGGCUCGAGAUUGUCGUCGAAGGAUCCUAAGUGGUCUAAAGCGCCUGUCAACGGAUCCUCGCCGAAACAGAAUGGUGCUAAUGCGUGGACCGAUUCUCCAGACAAAGACACAGACGAAUUGACGUGGCUUCGCAAUGAGCUACGGAAGGAGAGUCAACGGGUUCAAGAACGGGAUCAAAAAAUUGCAGAGAUGGAGUCUGUUAUAAGAGCCGCCGCGGACGUGAAGCAGGUCAACACCGAAUUGAACGAGAAGCGUUCCACCAUGGUGGUUCUGGAUGCCCAAAAGGAAAUCGUUAUGAGGGAGCUCAGCGUUUUGACCGACCACCUAGAAUCCGAAAAGCGCGGCGGAAAUAGUGGUCCUCUCGAUGUGAGCAAACUCACCAAUAAGGCUCUGCGAGACUUCGUCGAAUCCAUCCAGAGUCUGAAAGAUUCGUUCACACCCCAGAUCGAAGAAUUGAUUCAGAAGCGCAACGAGGCUACCGAGGAGCUUGCGAAGACUAACCGCAUGAAGGAUAAGAGCUUCCAAGAAUUUGAGCAACUUUCGUCGAAGAAUGCCCAGCUAGCCGAAUUGAACAACCAGCUUGUGCAUCAAAUCCAGGAGCUUUACAAGGCAAACAACAAUGAUGGAGGUCGUGGAACCAAUGGCCUUGGAAUUUACUCGCACGGCAAGGAGAAGUCUUUAUCUUCAAUUGAUGCAUUGAAGGCUGCAGGCGAUUUGCCACCAUCCGCAUCAGCUCCUAACAUGUCCGAAGAGGCUGAACCUGCUACCGUUGUCCCGGGUCCCCAAGUUGUCAGCAUCCGCAAAGGACAACCCCGCAAGUUCAACUGGAAAAAGGGAGGCCAGAACGUCGCCAAAGGCGUUACGAAAGGAAUCAAAGGAGCGUUCAUGUCUAGCGAAAGCAAUGCUGGUGGGGCAGACGGUGCCACUACCUUGCCGCGCUCCCAAACACAAGAUCCCAGUCGCCAAGGCUUUGGGUUUUUCGGAAACCAGCGUAGCAAACAGGGAGGGACGAGGAUGCCCACCACUGAUAGUGUCCCAACGCUCUCUGAAGGCUCACCAGGAGGGCUCUUUGGAACCGAUUUGGAACAGCGCAUGGAGCAUGAGAAAAGCAUCAUCCCGGGUAUCAUCACCCGUUGUAUCCAGGAGGUUGAAUUACGAGGCAUGGACAUGGAGGGCAUCUACCGUAAAUCUGGUGCUAGCUCAGCUAUCCAGACAAUCCGGGAAGGCUUUGAGCGAUCUCCUCAGGAUUAUGAUAUUUCAGACCCGGAUCUUGAUAUUCAUGCAGUGACGUCGGCGCUUAAGCAGUAUUUCCGCAAGCUACCGAUGCCCCUGAUCACGUACGAUGUAUACGAGAAAAUCAUUGAAACGGGAGAGAUUACUUCGCACUCUGGUAGGGUUGAAACGUUACAGAAGAGCCUCGGAGAGCUGCCGCGUGUCCAUCAGGAUGUGCUCGAAUUCCUCGUGUUUCACUUGAAGCGUGUUGUCGAGCGAGAGAAGGAAAACUUGAUGACCAGCCAGAACGUUGCCGUCGUUUUCGCACCCACCAUCAUGAGGCCGCAGAGUUUGGCGCGGGAGAUGACGGAUGUCCAGAAGAAGAACGAGGUGGUCAAAUUCCUGGUGGACAACUGCCAGGAAGUUUUCAUGGGCAUGCAGAACAACGCCUAAUGAUUGACCGGCGUUGUCUUGCCAGUUCCCAACUCCGCCUGAUUUGAUGGCCAUUAUUUUUUCAUUUGCUUUUUUCGCCCUCCAUGUUCCCUCGCGACUGGCCUUUAAAAACAACCCCGAGCUUCGUCGAAUCCGACAGCAUGUAUAUAUCAGGGGCGGCCGUCCACCCUAUUUUCCUUACUUUUCUACAUGGCGAUGUCUACACUGUCGCGCACUCCCGCAAAGGGCAAAAAACCCCCUUCGAACUUCUGAUGAUCAGCGCCUCACUCUCGAUACCCUUCAUGUAUCUUUUCCAUUACUUGCG